AUGGAUCAAUUACGUGCCCAGAUAUCAAUGCAAAUGAGCAGGUUUCUAAUGAUUCAGAACGCUGUUGAAGAUGCCUCGGAAGGAAUUGAUGGAAUCUCUCGUCAUUUAUUAAAUACUCGGCUUGAAGUACUCGAAGCCAAUUGGAUCAAAUUUCAAGCGGAACACGAAAAAUUAUGUCAAGCGCAUGCGGAAAGAAUCGGAGAAGAAUCUUACAUAAAGCAUCGAACGUAUGAGAGAUGUCAAGAGUUCUUCGUUCAAGCGAAGGCUGUAUUACUUGAGCAUCAAGACAUUAUAGAAGCCUCUAAUCCUUCAUCACGAUCUUCUGAUACAUUAGUACCGGAAAAUCGAUCCGGUAGUCAUCGGAGGAGUUUACCAAAAAUUAGCUUGCCUGCAUUCUCAGGCGACUACCAUGCCUGGAGAUCGUUCCAUGAUUUAUUCACAUCAAUGGUAGGUGAGAAUGGAGACCUCACCAACGUGGAAAAGAUGCAUUACUUGAAAACGUGCCUCACGGGUGAUGCUGCUCGAAUCGUUACUAACCUCAAGGUCACUGACAACACGUUUUCAAUCGCCUGGAAGAAUUUAGUUUCUCGUUAUGAGAAUAAGCGAGUACUAAUUUCCGCACAACUGGAUAGAUUACUCGGAUUAAAACCCAUCAAAUCAAAAUCACCGCAAGAAUUAAAUUCAAUGAUUGCCGUCGUCAUCGAAUCACUGGGAGCUCUUGAAGCUUUGAAUUGUCAAACGAAUGCAUGGGAUCCUCUUCUAGUACAUAAUCUAGCUCGCCUAUUAGAUGAAGACACGCGUGAAGCCUGGGAAGUAAAGCUAGGACCUUCAACUUCGUAUCCUACUUUAAAGGAGUUCGAACAAUUCGUAAUUGGUCACUCUAGAGCUUGGGAAAGUUUAGCUUCCUCGUCGACUAAAUCCAUCAGGGAUAAGGGACGCUCAACAUGGUUAUCAAAUAAAUCUGACACAAAAUCUCGCAGUUUGAUUGCAACGGCUCCAGUAACUAAAGAUGGAGUAGAGUGCCGUUUAUGGAGUCAUUCCGCUAGUCGUUGUCCUAGUUCUCGUCGUUGCAGGAAAUGCAGUAACAAACAUCAUACCACAUUACAUGAUGAUCGCAAAUCACGAGAGAAGCCGGUAACAAACAAUAAAACUGAAUCAGAUACAUUAACCGUCGACACUACGUCCAAGCCAGAUCAAAAAUGA